UUCAGACCACCGAUCGCAGUGCGAAAAGGUAUAUCGCGACCUGAAGCAGUUACGUUAUUCGCUCCACGACUUGCGGACAUGAAGAAGGCCAGCUCCGGAGCUCUGCUCGCCGCCGUGGCGUUCACGGCGUUGGCCGCGACGGCGGUGGCGACGAACUACACGGUGGGCGGCUCCGACCUGUGGGACACCUACAUCGACUACGACAAGUGGACCGCCGGCAAGACGUUCGUGGUCGGCGACACAUUAGAGUUCAAGUACAUGCCGUACCACAACGUGCUGGAGGUGACGGAGGAGGACUACGCCGCAUGCAACCCGGGGAGCCCCAUCUCCACCCACUCCGGCGGCGACACCGCCUUCGAGCUCACCGCGGAGGGGACCCGCUACUUCAUCUGCGGCAUCCCGCGCCACUGCCUCAACGGCACCAUGCACGUCAAGAUCACCACCGUGCCCUACGGCGCCGCGCAGGCCCCGCUCAACGCGCCCCCGGCCGACGCCUUCGCGCCGGGGCCGGCCGCCGGGAAUUCGGCGGUGGGCGCGCCGAGCGGCGCGCCGCGGUAUCAGCAGCCCGCGGCGGCGGUGGCCGGCCUGGCGAUUGCUGCUCUCGUCGCCUUGGUCGCCUAAGCUAGCGACGUGCGUAGUUGCAUGCACGUUGUGUAGUUUUGCGUAUUCUGGGGUUGUGUUUAACUAUUCCUUUCUGCUGCUUCUUUUUUUACUUAUUUCUGUGUAUUUAUAUUCGAUACAUGGGUGUAAAUUGUGACAUUUAUUUCUUCAUAAUUCCAUUUUGAGACUGGCAUUGGUUGUUUCUUCA